UACAGACUGUGUCCCUUUAUGUAAUUUUAGUAUCUGCUAUUCUGCCUAUUGUGGAUCUACGCUUUGCGUGACGACAUAAAUACAACAUACGACGACACAAAAGUGAACACAAAGAUAUCAGGGCAUGCUUUUGUGAAAUUCCGCACACGUAUAUACGUGAUAUAUUUCAGAUGGACUUGUUUUCGUAGUGAAUGAAUCUGCAAAUUUCGAUUGGAUUUUCCUAAAUUACAACUGGAUAGAACUUGUAUAUGUGAAGAUAAUAACUUUUAGAAGCAUUUUAUGUUUCGUGAGAACAACUUUAUGGUGGGAAAUCCUCUCGAGAUAGAGAUGAACAACUUUUUGUAAUCUGAGGCGGUUUACGAAGAUUCCUGGUAGACAUGGGGAAACAUAAUCCACAGAUCAGCAAAGUGUUUCUCGUGAUGAUAUACAUAACAUUAGUUUUCGGGCAGCUAUGCAAGAAUUGUCAGAGUGGAUGUGAUCAAGAGACAGGUGAAUGUUCCGGAAACUGUAGUCUUGGUUGGGAUGGUCCCAUCUGCUCCAGAGAGAAUGUGGCAUUGAACAGAAACACCACACAAUCAUCGACCUAUAGCCCAUACAUAUCUGAGCUCGCCGUGGACGGUGGGACAGAACAUUUGUUGUUCAAGACACCACAUACAUGUACUCACACACGAGAGAGAGUAGGCCUACAAUCCGCGUACUGGACGGUGACACUGGACACACAGUACAACAUCUACAGCUUCAGGAUCUAUAACAGAAAAGAAAGCUGUGGCGGCGGACCAUGCGGUAACCGUCUUAAUGGUUUUACCCUGUCCGUGGGAAACUCCUCUCGGAAUUACACAGUGUGUUACCAGGACACCACCAGGGCUAUUUACGGUCCAGGGGACGUUAUUAAUGGAUCUUGUAACGCCAGCAGCCCGAUAUUAGGAGACACAGUGAAGAUUAUGAUCAACAAUUCCCAGACGCUUACCCUUUGUGAAGUGCAGAUAUUCGUGUGCACGCCCGGGACAUACGGACCAGACUGUGGGAAGAGAUGUGGGAACUGUGCCGAGAGACCGUCCGUCUGUGACACAACAUCCGGGCUCUGUCCACAGAGAACACCAAGGUGCAUGCCGGGAUACCGCCCUGAGAAAUGUGAUGAAGUCUGCAGCUUAGGGAACUACGGACCUGAUUGUGCCACGAGAUGUGGACAUUGUGCGGAUGACCAAUUAUCUUGUGACACUGUAUCCGGAACGUGUGCCGACACAAAGCCCAGAUGCAUGCCGGGAUAUUCUGGUCUAAAGUGUGAUAUAGGCACUUUAUCUGUUAGCUGUGCUGGACGCAUACCUAAGGCACUGACGCUGUUGGUAUCUAUCACAGAAGAUGUGGGAACUGUGCCAAAGGCCGAUCUGUUUGUGACGCUAAAUCCGGGAACUGCCCAGAGGGAACACCCAGGUGCAUGCUGGGAUACACUGGUGUAA